ACAGGAUUAAAUCACAACCGAUCUGGAUUUAUUUUCCUCACAUCCGCCCUUGGAUGAGGUUCAGCGCUUCAGACGGGAUUCAGAGAUUCCGCGUGCGGAUCUCAUCAGAUUCCCUCCCGGCUGAUCAUAUGCGCGUCGACCUGCGGAUCCAAGCAUCAGGAGAGUUUGAGAGUAUCGAGUUUUAUACGUUCUGUGUCUGUCUGAAACAUGACACAUAGGAUGCGGAACGGACUGUGACCUCUGAUUCCUCCAGCAGUAGAGACACGCACUGCCGAGAAUUGGUCCUGGGAAAGUCGUCUAUCCACUGGACAUUUUCUGGCCAGGUCGUCUUACCAAGAUAUCACACAUAUGGCAGUCUGAAGAGACGCUACAGCCAUAUUUGUUUAUUUGACUUCCCCCUCUCUCUACCCAUCCAUCUGGAUACGUUCCUUCCCUUCCCCAUCCCACAGUCAUCAUUCUCUCCCGUGACAUCAUGAGGAGUUUUUGGAACUUGCUUUCUCUGAUUACUCUGUUUCAUAAACUUCGCUGGGCCUCCAGUCACAGUCUGAACCCAUUCACCGGGCCUCAAGUGACACCGACAGACCCUUGCUAUGACGAGACGGGCGUCGCCCGCCGAUGUAUCCCAGAGUUCAUCAAUGCAGCAUUCGGCCAAGAGGUCAUCGUGUCGAGCGCAUGCGGCCGGCCGCCGUCUCACUCCUGCAGUAUAGUGGAACGCGAUGACCAUCCCGCUGUGCGUACGUGUCAGGUUUGUGAUGCAUCGGACCCUCGCCAUGCCCACCCUGCCUCCUACCUCACCGACCUAAACUCCGCCCACAACCUCACCUGCUGGCAGUCGGAGAACCUGCAGGGCUCGCCGCUCAAUGUGACGCUCACGCUGUCGCUCGGGAAGAAGUUCGAGAUCACAUAUGUCAGCCUGCAGUUCUGUUCCCCGCGGCCCGAGUCCCUGGCCAUCUAUAAGAGCAUGGACUACGGCCGUACUUGGACACCCUACCAGUUUUACUCGUCGCAGUGCCGUCGCAUGUACAACCGGCCCAACAAAGCAACGAUCACCAAGCAGAACGAGCAGGAAGCUUUAUGUACAGAUGGACACACCGAUCUCUACCCGCUUUCCGGCGGCCUUAUCGCUUUUAGUACGCUGGACGGUCGCCCUUCAGGAAAGGACUUCGACUCGAGCCCUGUUCUGCAGGACUGGGUGACGGUCACUGACAUUCGAGUGGUCUUCAGUCGUCCGCAGCACCCUAGAGCACUGCCCAUAUCGGGAAGCGAGAGCGAAGACCCUCUCGGACCGCUCGGAACCCUGCCUACUUAUUACUACGCGGUUGGUGACUUCCAAGUGGGUGGGAGGUGUAAAUGUAACGGCCAUGCCUCCAGGUGUGUGCGAGAGAAGGAUGGGAAACUGGUGUGUGAAUGCAAACACAACACAGAGGGUCCGGAGUGUGACCGCUGCAAACCGUUUCACUACGACCGGCCCUGGCAACGCGCGACAGCGAAAGAAGCCAACGAGUGCUUACCGUGUAAUUGUAACCUGCACGCGCGGCGCUGUCGCUUUAACAUGGAGUUGUAUAAGCUCUCAGGCCGUAAGAGUGGAGGAGUGUGUAUGAACUGCAGACACAAUACCGCCGGACGCCACUGCCAUUACUGCAAAGAGGGAUUCUACAGAGACAUGGGCAAACCCAUCACACACCGCCGAGCCUGCAAAGUGUGUGUGUGUGUGUGUGUGGGAGCUGCAGGUAAAACAUGUAACCAGACGACGGGUCAGUGCCCGUGUAAAGACGGGGUGACUGGCAUCACAUGCAACCGCUGUGCUAAAGGGUAUCAGCAGAGCCGAUCGCCCGUCGCCCCGUGCAUUAAAAUCCCUGUUAUAAAGCCGACGGCUGUGAUCAGCACUACAGAGGAGCCUGCAGAUUGUGACUCAUACUGUAAACCACUGAAGGGAAAUCUCAAGAUAAACAUGAAGAAAUACUGCAAAAAGGACUAUGCUGUCCAGGUCAGUGUGUUGGACAUGGAGACCGUCGGCGAUUGGGCCAAAUUUGCCAUCAGCCUGGUGUCUGUGUACAAGAGCCGCGGAGAACCACUGAAGAGAGGCGAUCACGUGCUGUGGGUCCAUAUGAAGGAUCUGGCCUGCAAAUGUCCGCGGAUACACAUGGGCAAACGCUUCCUCAUCCUGGGCACGAGUGAGGGCGCCGCGAGCCCCGAACGCCCAGGACUGCUGGCCGACAAAAACAGCCUGGUCAUUCAGUGGAGGGACAUUUGGACUCGACGACUGCGCAAGAUCCAGCGCAGAGAGAAGAAAGGCAAGUGCAGCAAAGCAUGAUGGGAUGGCAGGGAACUCUUUAUUAUUGACCACUGUCCUGUGGA